AAAAAUCAGGAAAGAAACAUACCAACAACACGCAGUGAUUGGUGGCGGAACAAGAAAAAUUCGUUCGUUGUCGUCGCAAGAGAAAAGAAGAGCAUUACAAAGUGAGAGUGUGACAUAAAACAAAGUUAUUGAAGAAAUCAAGGAAAAAGAAAACCAAAAGCAAAGGCUUGGCAAUUAUCCUGUUCCUGUUAUUUAUCCACAAAACACACAAAGUUUCCCUUUUUGGCAAAGUUUUAGUUUCUUUCCCUGCUAAGCCAUCUACUGAGCUAAUCUUUCAUCUAUCAUUUGAUUUAUUGGCCUUGCUGUUGCGUCGCUAAUUAUUCCCGGCCUCUUCUUCAGCUGAACCGUGUGUGUGUUCUGUCCUUUAUCCUUGGAAGUGUUGUUGAGCGAUUUUGCAACAAACCACUGCUACUGCUACUACUCGUCAUGUUAACUUUAUAUUACGUGAGCGCUACAUUCUUGCAAUCCUGGCGUAUCAAUAAGAUAUGCCAGAAAAUUGGCGAACAAUUGUCUCAACAGGCCACCAUAGCCUUUUAUGUUUUGCCUCAGAACAGAGAUGAUGGUUUCUACUCACGCUUGGCAACAUCGGAAUUGUGUCAGAAUCGUCAAAUAGCCAGAGUUACGGAAAUACUUUGGUUGCACGACAACAAUCGUGGUUGUUGUCUCAUGCCUUUACAAUCGAUACCCACAUCAUCAUGGAUAACAUUUCCCGAUGCACCCGGCUUAAGGCCAUUUAUUUUUGGCAAAUCACCCGAAUCACUGCAACGCAGCUUAAGUUUAGAUCGACAUGGCAGUGGUCUGAUACGACUUUUAUUAGAAACGGAAACUACACCAUGUUAUGAAGAUCGUGUGUGGCAACAAGAUGUAGUCAGGAUUGAAAACUAUGGUAAGCUGAUCGCCUGGAAAAUAGACUCCCACCUUGCGGUGCUCAUUGAAACUGAUAUUGAGCACUUCACCAAAUUAUUAAUAGAUACAUUUUUACAAAAUAAUUUAUUUAUCAAUGAUCGUCUGCCUCUAUUAAGGAUUGAGUCUGUACGCAACGAUGGUACUCCCCAGCCUUAUUCACUGUUGUGUAGUCAUUUACGUAAGCCCGCUCGCAGCAUGGAAGAAUGCAACCGCGAAGAGUGGCCAAAACAUUUAGAUGAUCUACGGGCUGUGAGUGUUUUGGCCAAUCAAGCCAUCGAAUAUUCUUCCAAUAAAAAUAAAACGGAAAGUAAGUCUCCAGCUGCCAGUAGUGCUAUAAAACCAGAUCUUAUACCUCAAGAAAAGCGAUCAGAAAGUAGUGUUAAAAAAGAUUCACCCAAAAAACCUCAAGCACAGGAUGCAAAGAAGUUGGAACAUGGGGAAAAAUCGAAAAAAGAAAUGUCGCAAAAAGUUCAACAGGAUGGUGCUCAACAGGAAAACGUAUCAGCAAAAGAUUCUUCGGAGAAAUUUAUAAAAAAUGAAAAAGUCAAUCAAAACGAAAAUGCCAAUAGCAAACAAAAAGUUGCAUCUCCACAGACAAGUAAAAGAACUGGCGAGGAGAAGGCAGCUAGUCCCAGUAAGUUGAGGGCAAAGCCUACGGAGAUUAGGAAACCUGGGGUGCCUGAUGCAGGGCGUUUUAAAACAGCCAAGACUUCCUCUGAGUCUCUAAUCGAAGCGGAAACCAAAAAAUCCAGUGAAUUGGAAAAAAUUGCUGCCUCCAAGGUAGCCGAACGUUCCAAGUCCAAAUCACCUACAAAACCCGAAGAAAAGGUAUCUGACAAGAAGUCAAUAACAAAAGAGAAAGAAUCUCAAAGCACAGCACGCAAGGAAUCUCCUAAAAGGCAGGCCGAGAAAUCUUCAGAAAUCCCUAAAGAAAGCAAAGAAAUGCCGCCAACACCAAAUAAGUCUGAAACCGCCAAGACAACGGCGGCUUCACUGCCUAAAGUAGAUGUAGCAACAACAAUAUCCACAACUAAUUCCGACCAAACGAAACCAAUUAACACAACUGCUGCUCCAGCAGCAUUGCCAUCCUCAGUCACGGCAGCGAUGGCCUCUGCCUCACCCAUUAAGGAUAAUGCCAAACGGCCCAGUUUAAAACGUCACAAGGACAGCAUCAAAGAGUGUAAACCCUUAAAUGUUUUGGUCUAUGCCGAAACUGCAACGGCUAGAGAAAGUGCCAUCAAUAUUUUGAAAGAAAUUUUAGCCGAAAACACUUACACUAUUUACCCCAUGACACAACAGCAAGUCGAACAGAAACAUUGGCUAAACAGUACCGCCUUGUUGGUGGUAUGCGGUUCGGUGGCCAAUGCAAUGGGCGAACUGUUUGUUGAUUACUUUUUGCAUGGUGGCAAAGUGCUGUCAUUGUGUUCGGAUGUUUUACACUUUAUAUUGCCGACAUAUCGCACAGCUGAGGUACGUGAACAUGAACUGGUACAAUUCUCCUAUGACAAAUGGCAAAAGGUCAAAAUGAUGCAUCACAUAUUCUGUUAUCAGCCAUCGCCGGUUAAGAAAAACUUUUCCACAGACAGCGAUGAUUCGGCUUAUGGUACAAAUCGCAAACCAGCUCUAGUGUGUCCACCAAGGUCCAUUGAACUCAAGGAUUUGAAGGGUCACCUACAUCAGUUGGAUGUCAAAGUUUUGGGAACCGAAGAAACAUGGAACACGCCUAGUCUACUAUUGGCCAAGAAUCAGAAAAGUGGCGGAUCGGCUGUAUUCUCACAGGUCCAUUUGGAAAUAAAUCCCAGUGAAUUUGAAUCGGAUGAAUCAAAAUAUGCCAUACUAAAGGAGAGCGAUAAAAUUCGCCAUGAAAUCUUUUCCGAUUUGCUAAAGAAUCAUUUGAGUUUAAAUGUUAAAUCGAAUAAAGUCGUUGCCGAUAUUUCGGCCGGACCAAAGUGUGUUUACAAAAAAGCCUACUUUUUGGGCAAGCAUGAGGCUAAAUUUGAGCUAUUGGAGAAAUUAAAAGAUCAAUGCGGCAACGAUAAUGCCAUUACCACAUCAAAUCUUAUGAUGAAAUUCUGCGGUCCAGAUGAUAAACUGCCAAAUGUCAAUUCCAAUAUACUUCCCAUUUUAAUACAUUCCUGUCCAGAGGAUUUUUCCACUGUAGAAUAUUUUGAUAAUCUCAAGACCUCUUAUGUGGGUCGUUUAGUUAUAUAUGCACCAGUUGUUAGUAGUUCCCAGCAUGUCAUUAGCGAUCUGGAAUUGAGUAAUGGUAUUGCAGUUAUACCAAGGCAACAAACAUCCGGCAUGGGUCGCAGUAACAAUCAGUGGUUAAGUCCCCUAGGAUGUGCCAUGUUUUCCAUUCAAUUGCAUAUCUCUUUGAACAGUCCUUUGGGACAACGCUUGCCGCUAGUACAGCAUAUUGUUGGAGCGGCUUUGGCUAAUGUUUUGCGGGGUCAUGAACAAUAUAAGGUCCUGAAUAUUGGUUUAAAAUGGCCAAACGAUACCUAUGCCAAUGGCGUUACAAAAAUUGGUGGACUUGUCGUUAAAACAACAUUGAUUGGUACACAGGCUAUUGUCAAUAUAGGAUGUGGUAUCAAUUUGGAUAAUGACAAACCCACACGGUGUAUAAAUGAUAUGAUCAGGGAAUAUAAUCAUACAAAUCAAAAACAACUGCCUCUGCUUAAAUAUGAACAAUUUUUGGCAAUGACUUUCAAUGAAAUUGAGAAACUUGUUGAGCUGGUACAACGCGGAGAUUUUGAUAAAUUCUAUAAAAUCUAUUAUGAUUUAUGGUUGCAUGGCGACCAAUCCAUAACAAUUUGUGAUCAAGAUGGCUCCAAAACGGAAGCCAAAGUGCAUGGCAUUGAUGAAUAUGGCUAUUUGGAGGUUAUGUUGGCCAAUGGCACCAAACAAACUGUACAUCCCGAUGGCAAUAGUUUUGAUAUGCUGAAAGGUUUAAUAGUACCUAAGUUCAAUUGAAUCGGAAAGUAAUUUCUCUAUUUAAAACAAGCGGAUUUAUAUUAGAAUAUGUGCAGACAUAUAUACAAUUUAAAGACAUUUUGUGCAUUUAAAUAAGUUAUUGCAUUAUUAAAAGAAAAACUAUCUGAAUCCCAAAGAAUCCCAGUGAAUUUCAAAGCAUACACAUUUUGAAAAAAAAGUUAUUUAUUAAUAAUCAAAAUAAACAUAUUUAUUACCAAAGGAGACGACAGAGAGAUUCAAUUAAUGCUACCUAUUUCCAUAUACUCGUAUAUUCCUAUAUAUAAAUGUUACUUACAUUUCUAGCCUAAUAUUGAAUAAUUGUGUUUAAUUAUUUUUUUUUUUCUAAAUUCUAGUCAUCCAUAUAGCAACACAUUUAUUAUAACCGUUAAAUUUUGAGACUUAUAAUAAUAAUAACCUUAAAGAUUUCUAUGUGUUUUUUUGAAAAUUGUCAAACAAAGAGGAAAGGAAAUCUAUUAUAUAUUCUAGUUGUUGUUAAAACUAUAUACUAUAUAGGUACUCUAUAUUUACAUUAAUAAAUGCUAUUUCAAUAGUAAGAAAUAAAAGAUAAAAAUCAUGAAAUACAAA